AUGAGUCGAUUUGCUUCUUCCAGACGUGUGCUCCAGCACCCUUCUUUUUCUCGUCCCACCUUACCACGUUUCUCAACACGUCCUAUUGUCUCACCCAUCGCUGCUACUCGUUCAAUGUCUUCCAUUCGCAACAACGCAUCCUCCAUUGCCAAUAAACGCUUGUCCACCAUUAACUCUUGGAUGUCUCGACCCAACGCUCAGAUGUCAACUGCUGCUGCAACUGCUGGUGGUGGUAGUGGAGCCGAGGCCGCUGCAGAAGUUCUCACGGUGAAGAAUGGUGGUGUCCGUGAAGUUGUCCUCAACCGACCCAAGAAACUCAACGCACUCAACCUGAACAUGAUCGAAUUGAUGUUGCCCGAGAUUCAGGCUUGGGAAAAGUCUGACCUAGCCAAGAUCAUCCUCCUCAAAAGCUGUGGUGGAAAGGGAUUCUGCGCUGGAGGUGAUGUAAAGACUGUCGUUGAUCUUGCUGCCGAGGGAAAACAUGCCGAUGCUCUCAAAUUCUUUGAAGUCGAAUACCAGCUUGAUCAUCUUAUCGGCACUCUCAAAACGCCCUAUGUUGCAGUCAUGGAUGGUAUCACCAUGGGUGGUGGCGUUGGUUUAUCGGUGCAUGCACCCUUCCGAAUUGCUACCGAAAACACCUUGUUUGCUAUGCCCGAAACUGGUAUUGGAUUCUUGCCUGAAGUGGGUGGCAGCUUCUUCUUGCCUCGUUUGGAUGGUCAAUUGGGUAUCUAUCUUGGUUUGACGGGAAAGCGCCUCAAGGGUACUGAUGCCUUCUACGCUGGUAUCGCAACACACUAUGUGCCUUCAUCGAGACUCCCUGCCUUGGAAUCCCGUUUGGCAGAGAUCGACGAACCUACCUAUGACAAGAUCAAUACGGCAAUCGAGGAAUUCGCUGCUGAGAUGGAUCAAGAAGCCCCAUUUUCUCUUGCAGGUUCAACACGCGAGGCUAUUGACAGAUGCUUCAAGUUUGACACUGUGGAAGAAAUUGUUGAUGCGUUGCAAAAGGAAGACUCUGAGUGGGCAAAGGAAACUCUCAAGCUUAUGGGUAAUGUCUCGCCUACAUCACUCAAGGUUACAUUGCAGCAGCUGCGUACAGGUGCCAACUUGACCCUUGGUGAAUGCUUCAAAAUGGAAUAUCGCCUCGUACAAAAGUUCUUGGAAGAACAUGACUUUACUGAAGGUGUUAAUGCUACAUUGGACAAGCCACGUCGCAAGGCUGAGUGGAAACCCGUUGAAGUGGCAGAUGUUAAGCUCUCCGAGAUCAAAAAGGACUAUUUCGAUGCCUCUGAUAAGAAGCCUUUGCAGCUGAUUUCCGAGAACGACUAUGACAAAUACCCACAUGGCAAAUACAUGUUGCCUUCGGAGCAAGAUAUCCAAAACGUGGUGACAGGCGAGGCGCCUGGCGUUGGCAACUAUGCGUUGAGCCGCGACGAAGUUGUUGAAUAUUUUAUCAAUGAUCGUAAGGGUAAGCAAGGUGUCAAAAGCAAGGUGUUAGAUGUGCUCGCACGCAAGACCCAAGCCAUCAAGAAUGAUGAAAGCAACAGCUUGAAAUGGAUCUAUUAG